AUCACUCAUUCAUCAAUCACUUUCACACCCCUCCCCCCUCCUCCUCAUCAUGACUUCCGCUCUUGACUUGAAAGCAUUGCAAAUUUUCGUUGCUGGUCCUGUUACCCAAGACAUGAUCCACAAGCUAGUGGUUGCUACCCUCCAGGUCAUUCCAUGCAAAGACACUAAGAACCAAACAUACACCUCCACUGACAUGAAAGUCAAACCAUUGCCUUCCUUGAUGACUUUCUUGACCAAGUUGGUUCGCUACACUAAUGUAUAUACUGGUACCCUCAUGGCCACUUUAGUAUACUUGAACAGAUUAAAGGCCAAAUUACCAAAGAACGCCCUGGGGUUACCAUGCACCAGACACAGAAUCUUACUCAGUUGUUUGAUCUUGUCUUCUAAAUUCCACAAUGAUUCAUCUCCAAAGAACAUGCAUUGGGCUAAAUACACUGACGGUUUAUUCACUACCCAAGACAUCAACUUGAUGGAACGCCAAUUGACAUUUUUAUUAAACUGGGACUUGAAAGUCUCCAACGACGAAAUGAUUGAAAGCUUGGACAGUCUCUUGGAACCAAUCAGAUACGACUUGGUCAGAAGCUCCAAGGUCAAGAAGUUCUUGCAAAGACAACACCACCAUCACAAGCAAGCUCCAACUCCAGUUGCUGCAGGUCCAGCCCAACCAGAGUACAACUAUCCAUCUCCAGCAAGCACUGUUGCUACUACUACUACUUCUUCUUCUUCUCCAAUCUCAGUCACUCCAACCCAUUCGAGAUCUUCAUCUACAGUUUCCUCCCUCUUCCACACCAGAUCGAGUUCCACCAGUUCAAUUUCUUCGGUAUCUACCAAUGCAACUACGAUAUCUACACAUGAAUCAUCUUCUGAAGUGGAUCCAAUAAUUGAAUUUGCUGCAUUGAAAGAAGAAAUGGAAUUGAAGAACUUGUUGAAACAGUUGAAUUCCGGUUCUUAUGCUGCUCAACAAAUGGCUUAUGUGUACAAUUAGGUUAUGAAACAUUAGGGUUUUAUUUUUGGGUUUAUUACAUUUUUCUUUAUUUUGGGUUUUUUACUUGGUUUAUUAGGCGUUUGGUAUUAUUUAGAUUUGUUUAGCAUUAAUGGACAUUCGUGC